AUGCAGAAAAAUCAGUGUGGGAUCCUAAACAGCAGUUAUAAUCUGUCAAAAUAUAACAUAAGCAAACUGUACGAUAAUUCUACAAAAACGAUUGUUGUAAAUUCCGAUGCUAGCUCCACUGGGAUGGCAGCGCAUGCGAUGCAUGAAAAUCAACAGAGAAUUGCAUUUAGACAGUUUCUGCAAGAAGAACAAGAAAAAAGUUCCGUUUGGAGGGAAUUAAAAACUAUAGAAUACUCACUUGAGUCUUUAAAAAGCAUUUUGAUAAAACAGAAAAUCCUAUGGAAAACGGAUAAUUAUGCAGUGUCAAAAAUUGUAAACGUGGGAAGCCGAAAAAAUGAUCUUCAAAUUAUUGCUGAAAAUAUAUUUUAUAUAUGUAGGAAAAAUAGAAUUGACCUAACGGUAAACUGGGUUCCAAGGGAACAUUUGGGAUUUGCUGACACUCUUAGUCGUAUGAUAGAUCACGAUGACUGGCAAGUAAAAGAAGAGCUUUAUAAUAAUUUGAACCAACUGUGGGGCCCUUUUACUGUUGACAGAUUUGCUGACAACGACAACAAAAAGAUAUGUCGGUUUUAUUCAAAAUUUUAUUGUCCCAAUACAGAAGGAGUAAAUGCGCUAAAUUACGAUUGGAAAGGCGAAAACAACUACAUAGUACCUCCAACAAGUCUUGUAGGAAAAGUGUUAAAACACAUGGAAACUUCGAAAUGUAAAGGUGUAAUUGUGAUACCUUAUUGGCCUUCUGCUUAUUUCUGGCCGCUCCUGUUUUCAGAAAACAAAACCGCAAACACAGACAGAAAGGUUUUUGGUGACCCAAAAGUAUGUGUAACACAGGGAAAAAAUAAGAAGUGUUUCAUUGGCAGCGAGAAAUUCGUUUCGCCAAUACUAGCUGUCAAUUUAGAUUUCAGCUAAAAAUGCCACAGGGCAAAAUGCGUCCGCUGGGACCACAGGGUAUGAGUACUGGUCCACUGGGACUUUGAUUAAGAGCACAAUACUAUACUCUGAAAGUUCAAGUAGAAUCAAAUUGUCAUAACUUUCUCCCUUUCAGACUUUAUCACAAAACACUUGAAAAUUGAAAUUGAGAAUGAAUCUUUAAAACAUUUGGCUACUGAGCUGCCAACAUAUAUGUCAUUUUGUAGAGAGGAAAAUACCCUGAGGAAAUAUCAAUCGUCGUUCAACAUUUGGGAACGCUGGUGUAAUUCUUUUAAAGUGUCAAUUACGCCAGCCAAACCAGCCACUAUUGCGUUGUUUAUAUUUAAGCGGAGUUCAGUCCGGUUGGUCUUUGUCAAAAAUCGAAGGUGCUUAUUAUGCUAUAAAGUUUUUUCAUCUUCUCGGAGGAUACAAAAAUCCAUGUGAAAAUUCUAUUGUUACUGAAAUGCUUGAGGCUUGUAAACGAAUUCUUUCGACCAAGAAAAAUAGAAAACAACCUAUUACAAUUGAACAUUUAAAGUUAUUGCACACAAAACUUUCGCAGAGUAAAAACAUUUACAAUAUGAGGACAUUAGCAAUAUGCUUAAUUGGCUAUGCAGGACUUAUGUGAUUUUCCGAGAUAGCCAGUCUUUGACGUUGUGAUAUAUCAAUUUGUGAACCUGCCAUUAAACUGUUGAUAGAAAAAUGCAAAACUGACGUUUACAGAGAAGGAAAUUGGAUUAUUAUUAUUAAGACUGGAAACGAAUUAUUUUCAGCCAAAAAUCUAAAAGUGUACUUAGAACUUACAAAGUUAACGGACAAGAGUUCAGAGGAAUUUAUUAUUAGAGCAAUUACUGUGACAAAAUUGAAUCUG